GCUACUAGUUACAUCAUCGGCCGCCCCACCAAACCGGGAAAGUGGCAGAUGUACAACCUGGAAAGCAAUCGCCCGAUCAAACUUGAUAUUUUCGCACUUUAAUGCGAUACUAAGAAAAGACAGGUAUUCUGUUAUACCCUGAUUAUCUCCCUGUGGAAUUAUUUGAAUCCGUACACCUGCCGAUUUGUCCCCCAUACACCCAGAAUAUAAUCUUUUCUCUUCACGAUGACCUCCUACAAGAGCACCCCGCUAUAUGGAGGGGCUCUCAUCUGCGACCUCCCAGCUAGCUUCGCCGACGUGAGCGCUAUAAGACAAGUCCCCGACAACGAAGAAGUGUACAUCGACAAGGAUGGCUUCACGAGCAUCAUCUUCGACAUCGCCGAGCGCGUCGGCGGCCCGGGUUCUAGCCCGGAGAUCGACGGCAGCGCCUUGACGACUCACCUCGAGGACCUGGUGGGAGACGAUCUCGACCGCGUCAAGGUCUGGAAUACCACGCCCACCCUGUUCUCGCGACUCGACGAGGACAUUCCUGCGUACACGUUGAUCGCGACCGUUUCUCCGCACAAGUCGGAAUCAGAAGCACGAUCCGGCACCAAGACCGACUUCACUGCCAUCAUCCUGACGCUGGUGCGGCUCGAGCGCGAGAAGACCGACUUGCUCAUCACCAUCAACGUGCCGCAUAUCAAGGGCGAAUACGACGAGGAGGACGUCGACCUCCAACUCGGAAAGCAGGGCAAGCUUAUCGGGGAUGCCGUCGACUACGCCGCCAAGAUCUGGGAGACCUUCCGGGUUAAGGACUGGGAUCUGUUUAACGGGGUCUGAGGGCGAAUCUGUCGAUAAGACGACGUAGAUGUAAUAUGGGAUGGGUGAAAUGCGCUCCAAUGAUGAGGUAUGGUUGGAAAGAUGGCGGCGAUGACAUACUACGAGGAAACUAGGAUUGGGGUUUCAUUAACAGGAAGGGGGCAACGAGAAAAGGAAGAACAAUGCGACGAGAUUCGCGACAGAAGUUUCGAGGAAUUACGUUUCCUUUGUGAUCUAUUUGGCGGUCCGUUCUUUGAGGCUUCAGGUUUGGAAUGAAUUACGAAUCGCUUCGGUUGCUAUGAUACUUGGGGGAUGGCCUCUAUCUUGUUUAGAUGCAAAAGGAACUAUAAGUACGACGACGAUCAACGUGAAAUUGAAGUGA